CUAGCGAGCAGCCGGAGAGGGGAAGGAGCAGCCGGAGAGGGGAAGAAUACGGCGCCCCCUCUCUCCUUCCCCUCCCCCCUACUUUAGCCCCUCUGCGCACUUAGCCUCCAAGUCUCAGCGCAGCCAGGAGCCGCCGCCGCCUCAGUGCCUCCGCGCCUCAGCGCCGCUGCGCGCUGCCCCCGAGCCAAGCACAGCGAGUGCCACCGCCCAGCGCCCCCGCCCACCGCAGGGCCGGGGUCGGGGGCUAGCAUGGAGCACCUGGGUCCGCACCAUCUCCACCCGGGCCACGCGGAGCCCAUCAGCUUUGGCAUCGACCAGAUCCUCAACAGCCCGGACCAGGGCAGCUGCAUGGGGCCCUCCUCUCGCCUCCAGGACGGAGAAUACGGCCUUGGCUGUUUGGUUGGAGGCGCUUACCCUUACGGCGGCGGGGGCCCCGCGGCCGGGGCGGGGGCCGGGGGCGCGGGGGCCUAUGGCGCUGGAGGCCCGAGCGGCCCCGGUGGCCCGGCGGGCGGCGGCGGCGCCUGCAGCAUGGGCCCGCUGGCCGGCUCCUACAACGUGAACAUGGCCUUGGCGGGCGGCCCCGGUCCCGCCGCCUGCGGCGGCGGCGGCGGCGGCGGCGGCGGCGGGGCGGGGGCGCUGAGCGCUGCGGGGGUGAUACGAGUGCCCGCGCACAGGCCGCUAGCUGGAGCGGUGGCCCACCCUCAACCUCUGGCUACCGGUUUGCCCACCGUGCCCUCCGUGCCUGCCGUGCCGGGCGUCAACAACCUCACCGGCCUCACCUUUCCCUGGAUGGAGAGUAACCGCAGAUACACAAAGGACAGGUUCACAGGUCACCCCUAUCAGAAUCGGACGCCCCCCAAGAAGAAGAAGCCGCGCACGUCCUUCACGCGCCUGCAGAUCUGCGAGCUAGAGAAGCGCUUCCACCGCCAGAAGUACCUGGCCUCGGCCGAGCGCGCCGCCCUGGCCAAGGCGCUCAAAAUGACCGACGCGCAAGUCAAAACCUGGUUCCAGAACCGGCGGACAAAGUGGAGGCGGCAGACCGCGGAGGAGCGUGAGGCCGAGAGGCAGCAGGCGAACCGCAUCCUCCUGCAGCUGCAGCAAGAGGCCUUCCAGAAGAGCCUGGCGCAGCCGCUGCCCGCCGACCCGCUCUGCGUGCACAACUCCUCGCUCUUCGCCCUGCAGAACCUGCAGCCGUGGUCUGACGACUCGACCAAGAUCACCAGCGUCACGUCCGUGGCGUCGGCCUGUGAGUGAGCCUGCCUGCUCCGCACCGUGAGACCCGGGCCCAGCCAAGGGUCGCGAGGCCUCAGAGCCGCGACUCUCGCCGCCCUCCUGCCGAAGACUGCACGCAGCAGGGGAACGCCGUGCCCCUCCCUCCGCACCGGCCCGCGCUCUCGUGCCGACGCUGUUCUCUUUUUGGUGGAAAAGAAGAGAAGACCGCGCAAGAAAGGGACGCGCGGCCGCCUACCAGAUGCCUAUGCGGUCUGGCGCCUGCUGGAACUGUUCGGAGUCCUCCGUUUGCGUCUCUUUUAUUUUAUUCUGAUUUUUAACGUGGGACUGAGAGAGGCAGGAAAGGUGGAGGAAGAAGAGCUUCUGGGAACCCUAGAGGACAGCAUGAGCUGUCAUUUGAACUUGCCCUGGGGAGAGCACUCUGUUUUCCACUCCGCAUCAUACACGGACACCCACAGGCCCUCACAGAGGUGAUUUCACUGUCCCUCCUGGUGUCACCCCACAGUCACACACAGGGGACCUAUGGCAGAGUGUUAUGCACACACAGGGCCAUAGCCUUCACACCCGUGACCCUUACUAUCAGGGGUGACCCAGAUUCAUUCUGAACAGCAUGGCGCUUCUCACAAACACAAGGUCACGGUCACAGUGUGACACAUCGUCACACACACAGCAGCCACAACAGUGUCACUUGGCCUGCCAGACCCCCAUCACAUAGCCUAGCCACACCCCGGUACGCACAGACAGGUUUCCACACAAACUCAGCCUAUUUCUCCAGAUCCUGUUCGUAGGGGGCGUUUAAGUUAUGCACUUAUAAGGUGUUCUCUGUGUAACCUUUUUAUAAAGUGCUUGUGUAAUUU